CGAGCUUAGUUAACGGCUAGCUUCGUAACGAUCAGCAUCGCGCGGAAUAGUGGGGCACAGCUUUUGCCUCAUCACAAAACAAAAACAUAGGUGUUUUUUUGCCUGUCGGUUUCCGUCCGGUCUUCGUCGUGUGUAUUGCGUUUCUGUGUUUGCUAAAAAUUAGCACCUGAAAGUACCUUCGUCGUGUACGCUUUACUGUGCGUACUGCCGCCAGUUUGAACCGAAAUUAUGAAAAAUCAAGCCGCACCCUACUCUGCUACUGAUAUGUGUGAAUAUUGAAAAUAAGCCACCAAUAAAGUGCCGAGAAGUUCCCUAGACAAAAAAAAAUCGGCAAAUCAUCGAGAAGUUGCUGUGACGAUACGGCCGGCUGGUCAUAAUCUAACACUCUGAGCUGCUGAUACCGCGGCCCAUGUAGAAACGGGUGGUGGGAGUCUCGCGCUAGGUUCCCCAGCCAUCAUCAUCAGUUGAGUGUGUGAUGCGCGACCGAACAGGUGACCGUGGACUGCUGCUACUAUACCUACACUGCUUGUGCUAUGUAAAAAUCGGUGAGAAAAGUUCCAUCCAACGUGUCUGCACGCAGGAAAACGUGGGAUUUUUGGGAUAUUAAGCAGAACGCGCGCCGCCCGAAUUAGUGCAAUGAUAAGUGAUAGUGAUUAUCGGGAUUUUUAGCGAAUUGUGCAAGGAAGGUCAGUCAGUGGCAAGGUCGCAGUGUCCGGUUGUUCCGCUUGCACCACCCAGGUUCAUCGACCGCCCCAAGAAGAAAGGAAAGAAAAAAGCGGAAGGGCCGUCCAUUGUCAGAAAGGUGUCAGGCGCCUAUUAAGUGAUUAGCAGCAGGUGAUAAGUGUGUUUUUCGAUUGGAGGAAGAAAACUCGCGCAAAAAAUGAAAUCCAACUACCUUUGCGGAUUAUCUUGUUGGCAUCCAGCAUGGCUUCAGCGAUUUGCGACGUCACGUUCCUUUAUCAUGGUGUACGGAUUCCUCGGAACCACGCAGGCAAUGGCCUACAUUUACUUCGUAAUUACACUGACCACACUCGAGAAGCGGUUCAAAAUUCCAUCGUCUACCACAGGAAUCAUCCUCAGUGGAAAUGAAAUAUCACAAAUUCUGCUGUCACUAAUCCUCUCAUAUGUGGGAGGUCACAGAAAUCGACCCCGGUGGAUAGCGUGGGGUGUGGUCUUCUGCGCCAUGUCCUGCUUCAUCCUAGCGAUGCCACAUUUCAUCUACGGAGCUGGAGAUGCGGCACUACAGCUCACAAAGGAGUACAUCAACGAUCAGGAGACGGAAGCGCUGCUCAACAGCCACAACCUGACGAGGAUCGUCAAAAGCACCAAUCGGUUGUGCUUGGACACGUUCAGUCCGAAAGAGUGCCACGAUAUCAUCUCAGUCGUUCCACUGGUAUUAAUAUUCAUGUCUCAGUUUGUGCUGGGCAUUGGAAACACCCUCUACUACUCAUUAGGUCAAACCUAUCUGGAUGACAACACUAAGAAAACCAACACACCACUCAUGCUGGCGUAUGCCUCAUCGCUGCGAACUUUUGGGCCCGUUGUAGGAUUCGCCCUCGGAUAUUUUGCCCUUAAGAUUUAUAUUGACCCGACGAAAACCCCGGUUAUUGACAGUUCCGAUCCACGAUGGUUGGGAGCCUGGUGGCUGGGGUGGAUCAUACUGGGAAUUGCCAUGCUGUUUUUUGCAGCUCUUAUUGGUCUGUUUCCUAAAGAAUUGCCAAAAAAGCAGGAUGCUUCUGUCAGGCCCAAGUCAACAAUGCCAGUGAUACUGAUGAACGAUGCCGAAGCGUUCGGCAAGGAAAAGAAUCCUUUGAGUAAAACCAAGGAACAAAAUGGAUUAACAGUGCAGAGUAAGGACGAUGUAGGUCCGAUAGUGGAGUUCCCACAGUUGAAAGAUUUCCCGAAGGCGUUGAUGCGGCUCCUCAAGAACAAACUGCUCAUGUUCAACAUAAUCUCCGGAAUAUUCUACAUUCUGGGAUCCAGCGGAUACAUCACAUUCCUGAGCAAGUACAUCGAGGUCCAGUUCCACAAAUCCACGGCCAACGCCACAGUCAUCACCGGGCCCAUCACACUAUUCGGUAUGGUUGCCGGCUUCCUAAUCUCAGGCAUUGUUAUAUCUAAGAAGAAGCCUUCGCCGAAGGUUCUCCUGUUUUGGAACGUUAUAGUAGGGAUUGGCUAUAUGCUAGGACAAUUCUCGUACUUAUUCUUGACGUGCCCGGACGGCACUAUGCCGUUGGUGAAGGGACGUCUGAAUCUGUCCACGGCGUGCAACAGUCAGUGCCACUGUGAGGGAAUUCCGUACAGUCCCAUUUGUCAGGAAGAAACCGGAAUCACGUUCUUCUCGGCUUGUCACGCUGGAUGUGACGCGUGGGAUGCCAAGGGAAAAUACUACGACCAAUGUACCUGCCAGAAUGAAAACUAUUCACCAAUUACGAAACCCUGGGAAAUGCAGCCAUCGUUUACCACGCGGACCAUGUCCAGGGAAACAACUCUUCCAGAUUUUGUUUCAACCACAGCUGCUUCGACGUCUACUUCCGGAGGCUCCAGCAGUUCAACGACAAACAGUAUUUCAACAUCAACGGUAGCGGAACCGGAUGAAUAUGGAGGAAGCCCUCUGGGCAAAUCGCUUCUUCUUCAGAACAAUAGCUCGGAAAUAUACCAAACUUCCCAACAGCGCAACGAAACAGACCUAGAUGAUGUCUAUCUGUACGAUGACGAAGAUGAUUUCGCCUACGACGAGAAAGACUUCAACGCAACCACAAGCAGGGAAACCGAACCCGUAGAAGAAUCGGAACCCAGAAACAGAACGCGUCGAGAGGUGGAUGAGAUGGAAUUCACAAGCACGACGACGACGUCUUCCAGCACCACCGAGAGCCCCUUCACUGCUCGGUUAAUUCCCGGUGCCUGCUUGAAGGGAUGUGCGAUGGGAUUCUAUCUGUUUUCCAUCAUUUCCAGUAUUAUCAACUGCUUCGGAGCUUCCGGUCGCAUCGGUAAUCUGCUGGUCAAUUACAGAUGCGUCGCCAAGGAGGACAAAUCGUUCACGCAAGGGCUGAUCCUGAUGAUGAUCAGUUUGUUCGCGUUGAUUCCGGGUCCGAUCAUUUACGGGCGGAUUAUCGACAGCACCUGCCUGGUGUGGACCGAGGAGUGCGGCAAACGGGGGAACUGUCAGCUGUACGAUCAGCGGUUGUUCCGGUAUUACAUCAAUAUUACGGCCUUAUGUUUAACCGCAAUCGGAGUAUUUUUCGACGUGCUAGUAUGGUGGUACGGUCGAACACUAGAUCUAUACGGCGAACGGGAAGCGGAACAGAAGAAAGCAACAACCACCACGACGACAGCAGUACCGCAAUCCAAAAGUGCAUUCAAGUGAUAGGAUAAAAUGACGACGAGGGCGGGACUGCAUUGGAUAUUUCGGAAGCGAUUCCCAACCAAGACCAAGAACACGGUGGGGUUUCAUGUGAUUUUUUAUUUAAAACAGUAAAAUAGAAUAAAAAUUCUAAAAUCCGCAAAUAUACAUUCUUAAUCUGUGAUUUGUUAAAGCAGUAAUUUUGUUACGAUUUCAUUGCACGAUUGUGAAUAAAUUUUAUAAACAAACUCAA